GCCGUAAAACAGUCGUUUUUGUCGUAAAGCGCAACCAAGGUCUCUGUUCAUAUAAACAAACGACAGCAUCAGCUGGGCGAAUUCAUCAUCAGUUUUCACGUUAUCACGUGCAUUGGCGGCAAUGGCGGCGUCUUCUUCGUCCUCCUCGGCCGGAGGCGUGAGCGGAAGCUCGGUGACUGGUUCGGGAUUCAGCGCCUCCGAACUUAUCCCUCCCAGGAAGGUCCUGUACACUUAUCCCAAAGGAGCUGGUGAAAUGAUGGAAGAUGGCUCAGAUAGGUUUUUAUGUGAGUCGGUAUUCAGCUACCAAGUGGCGUCGGCACUAAAGCAGGUCAAACACGAUCAACAAGUUUCCCGCAUGGAGAAGCUGGCAAGCCUGGUCGAGGAGCUGGAAGCGGACGAGUGGCGGUACAAGCCAAUCGAACAGCUCUUGGGGUUCACGUCGUCGUAAACAAAAGCGCAUACCGACACGCCUUUUGGGGUUUUGGACAUCAAGGAUUUUUUUUGUGUGUAUUUUAUCUAAUAAAA